AUAAAAUCCAAAACCUAUAUAUCUAUAUAUAUAAUCCAAACCCAUCAAACUUCGUGAAAAAUAAAAAAAUAAAAAAAAAUGAAGAAAGUUGAGCUCAUCUUCAUCCCCUCACCUGGUAUUGGUCACCUUGUCUCCACAGUGGAGAUGGCAAAGCUCCUCGUGGCUCGAGAUCAUUGUCUUCACGUUACGGUACUCGUCAUGAAGCUACCCUUUGAAACCAAAGUCUCAACCUACCUCCACUCUCUUUCUUCUUCUUCUUCUUCUUCUUCCUUCUCCAACAUCUCAGCACGUAUCAGCUUCGUCAUUCUCCCACACGACCAUAAUAAUACCCUUGCAGAUUCCAACCCUGGCCUUUUCUUGAAUCAGUUCGCGGAGAUUCAAAAACCCCAUGUCAGAGAAGCCGUUGCCGCAAAACUGAUCCAUUCCAGAGACAAGAGUAGUGCUGAUCAUGAGUCUGACUCGCCGCCCCGACUAGCCGGUUUCGUCAUCGACAUAUUCUGCACCACCAUGAAAGACGUAGCCGAGGAAUUCGGGAUUCCUACAUACGUGUUUUUCACAUCUAGUGCGUCCUUUCUUCGCCUCAUGUUCCAUAUCACAGACCUUAAGGAUGAAGAAAACAUCGAUACCACCGAUUUCAAGGACGACCCGAAUACCGAUUUGGUCGUCCCGGGUAUUUUAAACCCGGUACCCGCUAGUGUUUUGCCCGGUGUGGUUUUGCUCAAAGAUAGCGCCCCGUUGAUGCUGACUCAUGCUAGAAGGAUGAGGGACUCAAAGGGUAUUUUAGUAAAUACGUUUGCAGAGCUGGAAUCCCAUGCAAUCCGUUCAUUAUCAGAGACGAGUGAAUUUCCACCGGUGUAUUCUGUGGGACCCAUACUGAACCCAGAAAGGACGCAUCAUGGUUCGGAUAUAAUUAAGUGGCUUGAUGAUCAACCUCCAUCGUCAGUAGUGUUCCUGUGUUUCGGGAGCAUGGGAGGUUUCAGUGAGGAGCAAGUGACAGAGAUUGCUAUUGCACUAGAAAAUAGUGGGGUCCGAUUCAUAUGGUCACUACGACAGCCUCCUCCAAAAAAUGCUUUCACUCCACCAACUGAUUACGACGAUCCAAGCCAAGUCGUUUCCAAAGAGUUUCUCGAUCGAACGGUUGGGAUUGGUAAAAUCAUAGGAUGGGCCCCACAAGUUGAUAUACUUUCUCAUCCGGCAAUUGGAGGGUUCGUAUCGCAUUGCGGAUGGAAUUCAAUCUUGGAGAGUCUGUGGUUCGGUGUGCCUAUGGCCACGUGGCCGCUUUACGCUGAGCAGCAAUUUAAUGCGUUUGAGAUUGUUAAGGAAAUGAAACUGGGUGUUGAGAUUAAGUUGGAUUAUAGGACUGCAGGCUUUUAUAGCGGGGCCAAUGAUGAGGUUGUGAUUGUAAAUGCUCAAGAAAUAGAGACGGGGAUCAGAAAGUUGAUGGAGAAUGAGAGUGAUGUUAGGAAAAGAGUUAAACAAGUAAGUGAGAAAAGUAAACAGGCUUUAAUGGAUGGUGGACCUUCAUAUUCUUCAUUGAAAAGUUUCAUCGAAACUGUCAUGGUUAAUCUGCCUUCAAGUUGAGAGGCCUUUUGUUUUUUUUUUUUUUUUUUUUUUUUCGUUAAGUAAUUUCUAAUAAAUAUAUUUUAUGUGCUUUUUCUAAGGUUUUCGGAAAA